AUGGAGAACAAUCAUCAACAACCCAUGGAGAACAAUCAUCAGCAAUCGGCGGAGCCUCUGUACCCUGGUUACCCCUUACACCAAAUGCUGAUGCUGCAGCAGCAUGAACAGCUGCAGCUGCAGCAACAGCAGCAGGUGGAAGAGCAAAUGAGGAUUUUCUGGAACUGCCAGCGUGAAGAAAUUGAGGAGCUGGAUGAUUUUAAGCAUCACCAGUUUCCCAUUUCCAGGAUCAAGAGGAUUAUAAAAUCUGAAAACAAUGUCCUCAAGGUGUCUGCUGAAACACCGAUUUUGUUUUCAAAGGCAUGUGAGCUCUUUAUUCUGGAGCUCACUCUUCGUUCCUGGUUUCACGCCCAAGAAAACAACCGUGGGACUCUUAAGAAAACUGACUUCGCUGCCGCAAUUAGGCGGACUGAGAUUUUUGAUUUCCUUGCUGACGUCGUCCCUGCGGAUGAGAUCAAUGAAGUGGCUACUGGUUUUGGGCCUGGCAUGGUGGGCCCCACAGCAGGUGGUGGUUUUCCUUACUUUUAUCCUCCAAUGGGACAGCUUGCUAUGCCUGGGGUGAUGCUAGGAGGGCCUGCUAUGCCUGGGGUGAUGCCAGGAGGGCUUGCUAUGCCUGGGCCGAUACUAGGAGGGCCUGCUAUGCCUGAUGUGAUGAUAGGAGGGCCUGCUAUGCCUGUGGUUGCUCCUUCAGUGUACGUUCAGCCUCCAUUGCAGGCGUGGCAGCCUGCUGGUGAUAAUUCCAAUGCUGGUGGAGGGAACGGUGGACAGGGUAACUUUGGUCCUUAA